AUGGCUAGCCACGAGGACCACGGCCAUCAGGCCGCCGCCGGGGCGGACAAUGUCUACCAAGCUCACGACGUGCUCGACGAGACGGCCAAGACGGCCGUCGUCGGUCUCGGGGCGGGUUUCUUCAUGGCGGCGGUGCAAAACGCCUUGUCGAAGCGUAAUGUUGGUGCCUUUGGCGUAUUCAGCCGGGGCGCUCCCAUCAUUGGACUGGCCGGCGACGCUACGCGUAAAAGCCUCUUGGUAAACUCGCCGUCGGCAAUUCAAGAUGUCCGGCUACGCUUGGAUUUGGGUGCUAACUUUUGUGUGUGUCGUAUAGCUGCCUCGCCUGCCGCCUACACAUUUGUCUCCCGCACAGUGAUGAACCUCCGCGAAAAGGACGACGCUUUUGCCGCCGCCCUCGGUGGCUUCGCCGCCGGUGCUGUCAUCGGUCUUCCCAGAACAAAAGAAGAAGGAAAGAAGCUGACAUGUCUUGUAGCCAAACGCAUGCCCAUGGUCUUUGCCCUCGGUGGCCUCGUGGGCGGUGUUCAGGGCGCGUUCAAGCUGCUCGGCGGGCGCCUAGACAGCUUCAAGGAGGAGGGUGACGAGUUUGCGCGCAAAGAGACGAUCCGCCGGACAACACGUGUGCCCGUCGAGCAGACCAUCUCCGAGAUUGGCGAGGGACGAGGCAUCAAGCCUCCAGGCUACGAAGACCGCCGGAGAGAGCGAAUCCAGGAAAAGUACGGCUUCGAGAUCAACCCCGUCAAGGCGACUGUCGAGGGCAGCCAAUAA